AUGGGCAAGUUUCAUGCCCGUCUCUAUAAGACGGAUCGUGCACGGGACUUUGAUCAUGAACAGGAUCGCCAUGUGCGCACACGACAGAUCUAUGAAACUAUCGAUCGACAGAGCUUCCAAUGGAUUGUCGUGUUGGUUGCUGGCCUAGGUUUCUUCCUCGAUGGCUACACGCUCUUUGCGAGUAACAUGGCCUUGCCGAUGAUUGCUUAUGUUUACUGGAGAGACGAUACCUCCUCUGUUCGCUAUGCUUGCUUCAACAUCGCUACCCUUGCCGGAACCCUCUUUGGAAUGGUGUUGUUCGGAUUCCUCGCUGAUAAAAAUGGACGGAAGAAGAUGUAUGGUGUCGAGCUGGUGCUGCUGAUUACAGCCACCGUUGGAGUCGUUAUGUCGUCCAGCGGCGAGAACGAUAGCAUGAACGUCUACGCUUGGUUGAUAUGGUGGAGACUAUGUGUUGGUAUCGGCGUUGGUGCCGACUAUCCUUUGAGCGCCGUCAUUACCUCUGAAUUCGCUCCAACUAAGCAUCGAGCCCGAAUGAUGGCCAGUGUCUUCUUUAUGCAGCCACUCGGCCAGAUCGCAGGAAAUAUCGUUUCACUUGUUGUUUCCGCCAUCGCCCAUCACAACGGAAGCGCAGAUUCUACGAAAGUGGUGGAUAGUAUGUGGCGUUGGGUCCUGGGCAUCGGUGUCAUUCCAGGUGUGAUUGCAACGCUAUUCCGGUUCGCUAUUCCCGAGAGUCCUCGCUACCUCGUUGAUGUUGAGGAUGAUCCCACAUCUGCCGAAUUCGACGCAACAACUCUAUUCAGCGAACCUCUUCCUAGCCCUGGUAUCUUCGAUAAUUCGACUGGGAUUGGAGUGAUGACGACCGUUGUCGGAAGUUCGAUGCAGCUACCAUCAAUUGCAUCGAUGACCAGUGGAGAAUCUCGCCUUGAAGCUCGGUAUUCCCAAUCCGAUUCUUAUUCCCAUUUGUCACCUGCUACCUUGAACUCACACUGGCGUCUUGCAAAGUCGGAUAUCAUCCGAUAUUUCUGGACAGAGGGCAAUUGGCGUACUUUGGCAGGCACAUCUCUCGCAUGGUUGUUGAUGGAUUUUGGAUUCUACGGCAUCAGUCUUUCGAGUCCACAGUUUCUUGCGAAGACAUGGGGUCAGCUCAACACUGUCCGCUCUGAGCCGUAUUGGAUGAUCGACUCCAACCCAAAUGCUAAUGUGUACCAAAUGUUCUUUGACAGCUCCACCCGCGGGCUGGUCAUUCUGAACGUUGGAAGCUUUGUCGGUGGACUGAUGUUUAUCAUCUUCGCCUAUCGCAUCAACCGUGUUGCUCUCCAGAAGUACAUGUUCAUUCUUUUGGCCGCACUUUUUAUUGCCCUAGGCUGUCUAUUCUUCACCUUAAAGGAGAGCACUUCGGCAAUAAUAGCGCUCUACAUUGUCGGCCAGAUCCUUUUCAAUUUUGGUCCAAAUGCAACAACCUACAUGAUACCCGCCGAGCUUUUCCCGACUCGCUAUCGAGGUACCUGCUAUGGAAUCAGUGCAGCUGCAGGCAAACUCGGCUCAAUUUUGAUCCAAGUCUCCUCAAUGUACUAUCAAAUCAGCGGACCAAGCGAAACGUCAACCCGUCACCAUGGCAUUAUUUCCUUUGUUUUCAGCGGCUGUAUGCUUUUGGGAGCAUUGGUUACGCAUUAUUGGAUUCCAUCUCUCCAGGAGAAAAGAAGCCAGAACUUGAUUUGGGGUGGACAGCCCGCUACGCUUGAGACUCUGGCUAUGGGUCGGAUGGGUACUGGCAGUCGCGAGACUGAAGCUCAGGCUCGCAAUAGAGUCCCUAAGCAGCGAUCUAUGUCUUUCAGCCUUUAA